AUGAGGAGGAGGAGGAGGAGGAGGAGGAGGUGGAGGGGGAGGAGGAGGAGGAGGAGGAGGAGGAGGAGGAGGAGGAGGAGGAGGAGGAGGAGGAGGCGGAGGGGGAGGAGGAGAAGCCGCGCCGUGGAAGAAGCCGCGGCACGGGGGGUCCAUCAGGUGGGGGGCCUGCGGACCUUCUCCGGGAGGGCGUACACGGACGACGAGCUAUCGCGCCGCUUCGAGGACGCCGCCGGCAGCGGCGGGGCGGCCUCGGAGCAGCUCAUGGACGAGGAGACCGCGCGCCGCCUCGUGGCGGCCGCGCGGAGCUCCGAGGCGGCGGCGCGGCCGUCCGUGGACGAGGAGAGGAGGAGGAGGAGGAGGAGGUGGACCAGGGGUUGGGGGAGGAGGAGGGGGAGGAGGAGGAGGAGGAGGAGGAGGAUGAGGAGGACGAGGAGGACGAGGAGGAGGAGGAGGAGGAGGAGGAGGAGGAGGAGGACUACCCCUCGCAGGAGCCGCAGCCGGGACGCGGGCGCCCGCGGCCCGGCGCCCGGGGCGCGGCUCCCCGCGGGCACGGGGCUGGAGCCCGGCGGCGCCGUGCGCCUGGACGGCCUGAAGGCCGCCGCGCACCUGAACGGGCAGCUGGCCCGGCUGGAGCGGCUCGACCCGGCCUCGGGCAGGUGGCAGGUGCGGCUCCUCGAUGGGGACGUGAAGGCCAUCCGCGCCGAGAACUUGGUGGCGGAGCGCGGCGCUGGCGCCGAACCGCAGAGCCCAGGAGUCAACACGGUUGAAAUCUUGUCGCGCAAGUACACCUUCGUCUACCUCUAUAUCUACGCACCUGCAGCAGUGAAGGGAGGCGGCAUCAUGCUGAUCAAGGUCAACGACAUCGACAAGCUACCCGAACAGGACGCCCACAAAGCAAGACAGCACCCCAUCGAGGACGAGGACAACCACAGUACUCUCCACUGGCUCCAGCACCACCAGGUACAAACCAUAGGCGACACCUCGCGGCGCGACCCGGCCGCGCUGCAGCGCUCUGCCACCGCACACCCGCGGUGCAGCGACAUCGCCGGCGGCACAUCCUUCUCCCACCCCAAGGUCAACGUGGAACCCAGUGGUUGGUUCCCCAUCACCACGAUCGCGCACGAGAAGGUCAGCCCCGACGCAACCAACUUCCCGAUGGAGGCAACCAUACGCCGCUCGUUGCACGCCAAGUUGCAGGACUCUCUCGACCACGGCACAAUCACAGUCAAAGCGGGGGACGAGGUCACAACCAUCAGCAUGUCCUACAGCAGCAAUAACGAUCUAUGGGCACGCGGCACCAUCACCCAGACCAACGCCAUGCGGAACACCAAGCAUUCUCUGAGAUCAGAUAUCAUCAACGAGUACCAGUCCCAACACAACGACACCCAGGAGGAGCUCGACAUCCUGACGACAAUGGUUGGCAAACAACAUGUCAGCUACAACCAGGCCCUCAAUAUCCGACAGGAGAUCACCCUGACCAAGGAACCCAUAUCUAAGCUCACCAACAGCCUAGGACUCCAUCGGCAAACUACGCCCAUGAACCUUGGCGUUAGCCAUCUUCGCCACAGCUACCAAACACUGGACGACCGCACGAGGUACCCACGCGCCCGACGUCGUCACAGCCCACGAAAGCGACCUCCCGACCUCCGAUUCACGCUCCAACCACUCUCCAUGAAUUGCAACCUCCUGGACUUCAUCUCCCUCGUCAUCAGCAACAGCCUUGUCCUGAUGCACGACCACCUCUCCUUGGACUUCAACUUCCUCAUCACCAACAACUCCAUCCUCGUCCUGAAAUACUUUCACCUCUCCAACUACAUCCUUGUCCUGCUGUUCCACGGCACCCGGGUCAGCUUCAAGCCGCUGGAGCUGAAGCCUGGCGACGAGGGCAGCUCUGGGCGGAAGGAAAAGCAGAUCGUCUGCAUGGACGUGAAGGCUCUGGCUGGGCAGGCCGGGCUGAGCGUCGGCGUGGACACGGCCGCGGGCCCCAAGGAGAAGAACGACGACCGCAUCGCGGCGUGCGACCUGCACGAGUUGGGCUUCUUCUGCGGCAUCUUCGACGGGCACCGUGGCCACGCCUGCUCGGAGUAUGUGUCCAAGCAGCUGCCGACGGUCGUGCACACCACCUACCGGGCCCGCGCCAAGCGGGAGGGGAGCCUCGUCCGCAUGGCGCACGAGAAGGAGGCCAGCAUCAUCUCGAGCGCCAUCAAGGAGGCCUUCGAGGCCGUCGACAGCGCCUGGCUGGUGACCGCCCGCAAGAAGGAGCUGGUCGGCGGCUCCACGGGCAUCGUGGCGCUGGUCAGCCACGGCUUCGAGGUGCCCGUGGCGCUCCCCUCCGCGUCGAGCCUCGGCUGCGCGGCGCUCUGGGAGGCGCGCGUGAAGCCUAAGGCGGCCCAAGAGUCGACGACGCCCGAGAGGAGGCCGUGCACUGUCCCCAGCGCCCCUGGCGGCGUUGCCAAGCUCUUCGUCGCUUGGUGUGGGGAUUGCCGCGCCGUGCUGCUGCGCGGCCGCCAGGGCCUCCGCGUGUCGGAGGACCACCGGCCAGCCAGGGCCGACGAGCAGAAGCGCGUGAAGCAGGCCGGGGGCAUGGUCAUUCAGGACAAGCGAGGCAUCUGGCGCGUGGGCCCUCGGCCGGACAACAAGUACGUCAAAGAGCUGCAGAAGCAGAAGAAGGACCCGUCGCAGGAUUCGAAGUGGUUUCUCUCCACCUCGCGGAGCUUCGGCGAUGCUGAGCUGAAGCACCCGGACCCGGUGGUCAUCGCCACGCCCGAGUUGAAGGUCGUGGAUUUGGCGCCGGAGGAUUGGGCGGUGGUCUUGGCCUGCGACGGCAUCUUCGACGUACUCAGCGACCAGGUCGUCGCCGACUGCGCCUGGAGGUGCAUGGCCGGGGAGGGCAAGGACCCGGUGCAGACCGCGAAGGACAUCGUCCAGCUGGCCUCGCGGCGGGGCAGCAAGGACAACCUCACGGUGGUCGUCAUGCGCCUGGGCUGGGUGCCCCCGCCAGACGCGGGGGCCGCCGCGCGCGGCGCGGAGGCCGCGGCCAAGGAGGCGGCCGACGAUGGCCUGAGCAUCUUCGGCAAAAAGGUGCUGGCGCUGAAGGCCCUGCCGCACGCCUACGCGGUGUUCUUGCGGGGCGGCAGCGCCAAGAGGCGCGCGAGCCAGCUGGCGAGGAUGCAGCUCGAGAGCGACCAUUCCCCCGCCGGCAGGCGGAUCCUGCCACCAUACAGGACGCUUCGCAAGGUGGUGUCCGUGAGGGACUCCGUGAGGACUGCCGAGAAAAAGUCCCUGAUGAUCGGGCGGAAGUCCACCACGGCCGACCCUGCCGAUCUCGGAGCCGCCUCCGCGCCGGCCGCCAACAGCAUGGCGCGGAAGUCCCUCAAGGCCAUCCAGUUCAUCAAGAGGGCCGACAAUUCCCCGGAGAGGGUGGGGAGGAAGCCCACGAAGGCCCAGGCGGUCUCGGCCGAAGUCGGCACGCUGGGCGCCGCCGGCGCCGCCACCGCCCCAGUCAGCGGCAGGGCCCGGGGCUGCGGGAAGCAGCGCGCACAGCUUGACAUCCUGCGGAUCGCAGGCCGUCGCCAGGGCCACCUCACGGGCAUGGUCUGCAGCCUCCAGCUGCCUCUAGAGUCGCCCACCUCCCCCGCCUGGAGCCGCGGCCUCGCCCGCCACGUCAACGUCCCUGACCAGAUCCGCGUCGCUGCGCUCCAGCUCCGAGCGCGACGCGGCUCCGCGCACUGCUGCCACAGGCACUGCGCUGCCGCCCCGGAGCUGACUGCCAUGGCGAAAGCGAGCAACACUGACUGCUGCAUCGGCCAAACUGUCAACCUGAUGAAAUGCACCUCCGGCAGCUACAAGGCGUCUGGCUGCGCCGAGGAGUUCGUCGCCAUGCGCGAGUGCAACCGUGCCGGUGGCGCGCAGCUGGUGCGCGCGAGCUCCGGGUACGACGUCGCCCCGGGCAAGGGCGGUCUGUUCGAGGGGGUGGCCUCCACGUUGACUGCGUCCUCUGCGCCGGCGCGGACGCUGAAGGGCAUGCAGGAGUUCGGCCAGGAGUACGCGGCCAGCCUCGGGGUGCCCGCAGGCCAGGUGCGCUUCUGAGGGCUGCGCGUUCGAGCGCCGGGCGCCGGACGCUUCAGAGCGCCGCGCCGCGAGCGGGCCUGGCACGCCUCUCGCUCGCGCUCCUUGAAACAAUGAGGGAUCUGUGCUGGCAUUUGGAGUCCACGCUGCGGCGGCGCCUCGCUGGGCCGCCCCCAGCCCCAGGGCAACCAGCUGCGUCCCUGUGCAACAAGCUACAUGAGCUUGCGUCUUCGGAGAACGGCUGCCGACAUGUCUCUUGCCUCCGACUCGUUCAUGUCUCCCACCGCAUCUUCAGUUCUGUGUCUUUCUGUAAGACGCGACGUGCACUCUUGCUCUCGAUUGAUUGGCGGAG